AAGAGGCUUCUUUGCUGUCAGAACUCCUCAUCAUGGUCUUCCAUAUCUUCCUUGUCAUGCUGCUCUCUGGUGUGGGCAGCUCCCCUGUUUUAAAUUCCACAUUGCUGGAGGACCAGCUUUUCCAGUACAUUGACGACCAUCAAGAUAAAUUUGUUCAGACUCUUAAGGAAUGGGUAGCUGUGGAGAGUGAUUCCAUACAACCAGCACAAAGAUCAGAAGUGAUACGAAUGGUAAAAAUAGCUGCAAGUCAUCUCCAGGACUUAGGAGCAAAUGUGAAGUUGGUUGAUAUGCCCAUCCAGCAGGUGCAUGAUGGCCCAGAUAUUUCAUUACCUCCUGUUGUUCUGGCAGAGCUUGGAGAAGAUCCACUAAAGCCCACUGUGUGUUUUUACGGACACGUGGAUGUGAUGCCUGCUAAAAAGUCGGAUGGGUGGGAAACAGAUCCCUACAUAUUGACUGAAAUUGGUGGGAACCUUUAUGGGCGUGGAGCAACAGAUAACAAAGGACCUGUCCUAGCCUGGAUACAUGCAGUGAGUGCAUUCAAAGAACUAAGAAAAGACUUGCCAGUAAACCUUAAGUUUCUUAUUGAAGGCAUGGAAGAAGCAAUCUCCAUUGGACUAGAAGAACUGGUUGAAAGAGAGAAAGAGCGGUUUUUCUCCAAUGUUGACUAUAUUGUGAUUUCGGAUAAUACUUGGCUCAGCACGGAAAAGCCAGCUCUUACGUAUGGGACUCGGGGAAAUGCCGGCUUCUCUGUGGAGGUACAAGGUGGUGAAAGAGAUCUUCAUUCAGGAGCUCUAGGUGGCAUCGUCCAGGAACCCAUGUCUGAUCUGAUAGCCCUGCUUGGCAGUCUUGUGGAUUCAUCAGGCCACAUUCUGAUUCCUGGAAUCUAUGAUGGUGUUGCUACUUUUACAGAAGAGGAGAAGAAGCUGUAUGAGUCAAUAGAAUUUGACUUAGAGCAAUACAAGGUUAACAUCGGUGUAAAUAAAUUUCUCUAUGAUACCAAGGAGGAAAUACUUUCACACUUGUGGCGCUUCCCAUCUCUCUCUAUUCAUGGGAUAGAAGGAGCUUUUCAUGAAAAAGGGAUCAAAACAGUUAUACCAUCAAGAGUCAUAGGAAAGUUUUCAAUCCGGCAAGUUCCUCACAUGAACCUUUCUACUGUGAAAUGUCAGGUGAAACGUCAUUUAGAAAAGGUAUUCUCUAAACGAAACAGCCCAAACAAACUGACAGUGAUUGCUGAAGAGGGUGCAUUACCAUGGAUUACUAGUAUCAGUGAUCCUCAGUAUAAAGCAGCUGCAAAGGCAAUCCAAAGAGUUUUUAAAAAGGAUCCAGAUAUGAUUCGGGAUGGAUCAACAAUUCCAAUUGCUCAGAUGCUUCAGGCUAUAACAAAGAAAAGCGUGAUGAUGUUUCCGAUUGGAGCAGCAGAUGAUGGAGAGCACUCUCAGAAAGAGAAGAUAAGCAGAAAAAAUUACAUUGAUGGAACAAAAUUGUUUUCCGCCUUUUUACUGGAGAUCUCAAAGCUCCAUAAGGAAUUACUGAGAGACUCCAAGUGACAACUGCAACUUCAUGGCAGAUCAAGUGCAGUUUGACUACUGGAUUUGUAGUUCUGUUAUGUAUGGUUACAAUUCCAGAAAAACGUCAAAGGGCUCUUCCAUAAGUUCAGUUCCAGGACUGACAUACACUUGUCCUACCCCGCAAGUACCUCCCACCACCUCCAGUAUGAAUGCAUUUUGUCCUUUAAAUCUGUGUUCCAGUCAUCCCUAUAUCUCUUAAUGCACUUCAGAGCACAAAUAUACACUCAUCUUAAUACAGGUGGGCUGUUCUAUGCUGUAUGUUAAUGAUUGUUAUUAAUGUAUUAUAAAUCAUUGUCAACUGCUUUGUGAGAUGAUUGUUCUGACAAGUGGUGUCUUAUAUAAACCUUAUAAUAAAAUAAAGUAGAUCUGCUUCUAUUACUA